AUGAGCUUGUCCUUCCGCUGCCUCCUCUCCCUCAGCCACCUGAUCCUCACCAGCGCCCUGGCGCAACUGCCCCCCGGAGCGCAAGGCGGGCAGGCGGCCGGUGCCAGCAGCACCAGCAACACCUCUUCCGCUUCAUCACCUUCCUCCCCCCCCUCCUCGGGAGCCCAAGGAAACGGGCCGGAGAGAAGCAGCUUCCAGUGGAGCCCAUCCGGGCGCAGGACGGGCAGCCUCUACUGCAGGGUGGGCAUUGGCUUCCAUCUGCAGAUCCACCCGGAUGGCAAAGUCAACGGCUCCCAUGAGGCCAAUCUCUUAAGUAUUUUGGAAAUAUUUGCUGUGUCUCAGGGGAUUGUAGGAAUACGAGGAGUUUUCAGCAACAAAUUUUUAACGAUGUCAAAAAAAGGAAAACUCCAUGCAAGUGCCAAAUUUACAGAAGACUGCAAGUUCAGGGAGAGAUUUCAAGAAAACAGCUAUAACACGUAUGCCUCGGCAGUUUACAGGACCGAAAAGACUGGUAGAGAAUGGUAUGUGGCUUUGAACAAGAGGGGUAAAGCCAAAAGAGGCUGCAGUCCCCGGGUGAAACCCCAGCACAUCUCCACCCAUUUCCUUCCAAGGUUCAAACAGUCUGAGCAGCCAGAACUGUCUUUCACAGUCACUGUUCCUGAAAAGAAAAAGUCACCUGUCUCCACCCCAGCAAAACCAAAGGUUUCAUUGUCCGUGCCUCGGAAGAGCCCCAACACUGUUAAAUACAGGCUGAAGUUUCGUUUUGGAUAGCCGUUAAAAUGAUGGCUAGAGAGGAACACUUUUCCCAGGAGCUGAUGCGUGCAUGUGUGAGUCCUUGGCUUACAAUAGCAGAUAGGGCCUUGAUCGCACUUAGCUGCAUUAGGAGGUCAGACAGGGAAAUACCCAUUUGUUUCAGUUUGACCUCAGCCAAAUUGCUUUUUGAUAGUCAAGAGUGUUAACUGAACUGGAAUUCUUCAUCCAGCCCU